AUGACUGCUGUGAGAAAUGACUGCUGUGAGAAGUCAGUCACAGAGAAGGCCUUUCUGGGAGGAGAAGCUACCAUCAGAUGCAACUAUCCAGAGGACCAUGAGGACGACAUCAAGUAUUUCUGCAAGGAACAAGAUCGCUUCAUCUGCAAUUCCAUGAACUCCAAAAACAACAAAAUAUCUGACACCUGGGACCUACUGGUGUGGAGUAGAAACCAGCAGGACAGAACAACGUUACAUUACACUGAUCACACAGGUGAAGCUGCUUGUUAUAAUGAAACCAACCAAUACCACAACAACAACAACAACAGCACCACCAGACCCACCCACAACCACCUUCCUCUCACCAUCAUCAUCAUUAUCAUCAUCAUCAUCAUCAUCAUCACCAUCAUCAUCAUCCUCAAUGGAUCUGGUACCUCAGUGGUCAUCAUGGUGUCUGUUAGUCUGGUAGUGUUACUGCUGCUGAUCAGCCUGAUCCUAUUCUACAGAUGGAAAUACAACAAGGCCACAGGAUCUGUCUCUUCAACACACAGAGUGAGUCCAGACACAGGAAACAAUGAAGGGGGUUGUCAUGGUGACGGUGACUAUGAGGAGAUAAUGGAGCGCCCCCUACAGUCAGACUCAGAUGCUGCGACCUCCACCAUCUAUGCCACCGCCAACUUGCCCACAAGCUACUCUGACUCUCCCCACUACGCCAGCGUCAAUUUCCACAAGAUCCCCAGAUUCCCCGAUGAAGCCAGAGUCACCAUUACUAAAGAGGGCAGGUGCCCCAAUGAAGCCACCGCUUCCAUUGCUAAAGUGGGCAUUUCAUCAUGUGACUACGCUACUGUGAACUUUGGUCAAAGCCCCGUCUACUCUACAGUCAAUCAUCCACACAGCUCCUCUGAGGCUCCUCCCAUCUACUCCACAAUCAGCAAACCCAGAGACACCUGAGUCAAUGGCAACCAAUCACAAGAUACAUACACACACUGGCGACCAAUCACAAGAGACAUAUUUUAACUAUAUGCGCUGACCUCUAUUUUUUUUCCUCUCUCCAAAGCCAUCACCUACAUAGAGAUGAACCUGGAAUAGAGUCCCCUAAGCAAGCCGGUCCUGGGGCUCUGUUCACAAACACAAACAGACCCCACAGAGUCCCAGGACAGCAAGACAAUUAGACCCAACCAAAUCCUGAGAAAACAAAAAUAUAAUUACUUGACACAUUGAAAGAAUUAACAAUAAAAAAACAGAGCAAACUAGAAUGCUAUUUGGCCCUAAACAGAGAGUACACAGCGGCAGAAUACCUGACCACUGUGACUGACCCAAAAUUAAGGAAAGCUUUGACUAUGUACAGACUCAGUGAGCAUAGCCUUGCUAUUGAGAAAGGCCGCCGUAGGCAGACAUGGCUCUCAAGAGAAGACAGGCUAUGUGCUCACUGCCCACAAAAUGAGGUGGAAACUGAGCUGCACUUCCUAACCUCCUGUCCAAUGUAUGACCAUAUUAGAGACACAUUUCCCUCAGAUUACACAGAUCCACAAAGAAUUAGAAAACAAACCCCAUUUUUAUUAGCUCCCACGUCUAUUUGGUGAAAUACCACAGUGUGUCAUCACACAGCAGUUUCCACAAGAAAUGGGCAACCAGUGAAAAACAAACGUCAUUGUAAAUAUUUAUUUUCUCUUAUUUACUUUAACUAUUUGCACAUCGUUACAAAACUCUAUAUAGACAUAAUAUGAAAUAAUGACAUAAUAUGAAGUAUAUUUAUUAUCUUGGAACUUGUGUGAGUGUCCAUUUAACUUGCUUUGGCAACGUAACCAUAUGUUCCCCAUAACAAUAAAACCCCUUGAAUUGAAAGGGAGAGAGCGGUAGAAAGAGAGAGAGAGAGAAAGAGAGAAGUAGUGAGAUUUGUGUCCAAUGCAUGACCAGAUAUAGUUGAUUCUGUCUAUAUUAUCUGAUAGCCUGAUAACAUUAUAUAACAUCAUAUUAUAGUUGUCUGAUGGUGAUAGAAUGAUGGAAGUGCCAGGUGCAUCAUACCUGUUCUCUGUGAAGGACCAAAACUGAUGUCUCCAGAUGCCAUAAAUGUUGUAGAGAGGUUUGGGAGGGUUGUGGAGAGGUUAGAGGAUGUUGUAGAGAGGUUUGGUAAGGUUGUGGAGAGGUUAGAGGAUGUUGUAGAGAAGUUUGGGGAGGUUGUGGAGGUGUAUGGGGAUGUUGAAGAGAGGUUUGGGAAGGUUGUGGAGGUGUAUGGAGAUGUUGUAGAGAGGUUUGGGAAGGUUGUGGAGGAGUAAGGGGAAGUUGUAAGGAGGUUUGGGAAGGUUUGUGGAGGAGUAUGGGGAUGUUGUAGAGAAGUUUGGGGAGGUUGCGGAGGUGUAUGGGGAUGUUGUAGAGAAGUUUGGGGAGGUUGCGGAGGUGUAUGGGGAUGUUGUAGAGAGGUUUGGGAAGGUUGUGGAGGAGUAAGGGGAAGUUGUAAGGAGGUUUGGGAAGGUUUGUGGAGGUGUAUGGGGAUGUUGUAGAAAGGUUUGGGAAGGUUGUGGAGGUGUAUGGGGAUGUUGAAGAGAGGUUUGGGAAGGUUGUGGAGGUGUAUGGAGAUGUUGUAGAGAGGUUUGGGAAGGUUGUGGAGGUGUAUGGAGAUGUUGUAGAGAGGUUUGGGAAGGUUGUGGAGGUGUAUGUAGAUGUUGUACAGAGGUUUGGGAAGGUUGUGGAGGUGUAUGGCGAUGUUGUAGAGAGGUUUGGGAAGGUUGUGGAGGUGUAUGGAGUUGUUGUAGAGAGGUUUGGGAAGGUUGUGGAGGUGUAUGGCGAUGUUGUAGAGAGGUUUGGGAAGGUUGUGGAGGUGCAUGGCGAUGUUGUAGAGAGGUUUGGGAAGGUUGUGGAGCUGUAUGGAGUUGUUGUAGAGAGGUUUGGGAAGGUUGUGGAGGUGUAUGGAGAUGUAGAGUGGUUUGGGAAGGUUGUGGAGGUGUAUGGCGAUGUUGUAGGGAGGUUUGGGAAGGUUGUGGAGGUGUAUGGAGUUGUUGUAGAGAGGUUUGGGAAGGUUGUGGAGGUGUAUGGAGAUGUUGUAGAGAGGUUUGGGAAGGUGGUGGAGGUGUAUGGAGAUGUUGUAGAGAGAUUUGGGAAGGUUGUGGAGGUGUAUGGAGUUGUUGUAGAGAGGUUUGGGAAGGUUGUGGAGGUGUAUGGAGUUGUUGUAGAGUGGUUUGGGAAGGUUGUGGAGGUGUAUGGAGAUGUUGUAGAGUGGUUUGGGAAGGUUGUGGAGGUGUAUGGCGAUGUUGUAGGGAGGUUUGGGAAGUUUGUGCAGACAUGAGGUGACAGUUGACGGUCUAGUAGGAGCUGUGUGUAAAACGACAGAACAUGCAUCCACAAAUACUGUCACCAUUUUGCUUUUCUCUAAUGAUGGUAUCGAUGAUAUACAUGUAAAAUCUACCUGCAUCAUCCUCAUAUUGUUAUUAUUUACUGUUCUGCUGUUUUGCACACCAGUAUCACUACUGACACACCUUCAUCUGCUCAUCAUCAUCUGCUCAUCCAUCACUCCAGUGUUCAUCUGAUCAAUUGUAAUUACUUUGCUACUGUGGCCUAUUUUUUGCUUUACCUCCUCACACCAUUUGCACACACUGUAUAUAUACUGUCUCUUUCUAUUGUAUUAUUGACUGUAUGUUUGUUUUACUCCAUGUGUAACUUUGUGUUGUUUGUCGCACUGCUUUGCUUUAUCUUGGCCAGGUCGCAGUUGUAAAUGAGAACUUGUUCUCAACUGGCCUACCUGGUUAAAUAAAAUAAAAUACAGUACUCUGUAAA